GUAGUUCACUAAGAGCAUGUUUGAAAAUUAUUGUGUAUUUAUAUUGUUUUUUUCUCUCAUCAAAUACAUAGCACUGUAAAAAAUAAUAUGUAAACAUUUUAAAGAAAGUAAAUCACUCUUGAGCGUUGAACUUUAAAAUGUGCAGUACGUCCUAAAAAUCGAUAUUUUCUUUGACGUACGACCAUUUGAAAAUUGGCGCGUAUGACGUAAGCAGAGACGCGUGACGUCACAGACUGGGCAUCAAUCCUCCUGCUCCUUCUAGCGCAUGAAAAAUGAAUGGGCGCGAAAGAGAUCACUGUAGCGCGUAAAUGUUGUGAAUCGAGUUAUUUUUUUCGUAAGUGAGUGACGUUCAAGUACAACCCAUUGAAAUGAUAACAAACAAGCUGAUAAGGGUUUAGUGUUGAAUAAAAUUAACGUCGUUGAUGCUGUCGAGAAGUGUUUAUGGUGUGAAAAUGUCAUAAAGUUGUGAUAAUGUGGCUUUUGGCAAAGUUUGUACAGUAAAUGAAUGUGUUUAUUAAUGAAAUGUGUUGUUACGCACUUGAGCAUCCCUCGGCGGGUGACGUGAGCGGCAGUGCUGCCGCGGCGGCAGAAGCUCUUAACUAAACGACAGUAGCUAAAGAAUCGCUCGGUACGUCGCGACACCGAGCGAUUUUCUUAAUUUUCCACGAAAAUGGCCAACAAUUUCGAACCAAUGGCCAAAUCAAAGCAUUUCCCGAUAGAUCAACUAGUCCGAGUCGGCAAUUACAAUCUAGAAAAGACAAUAGGAACGGGGAAUUUUGCGGUGGUCAAACUAGCUACACAUGUAAUAACGAAAUGUAAGGUCGCGAUAAAAAUAAUAGACAAAAGCCGACUGGACGAAGACAACCUUAAGAAGACCUUUAGAGAAAUAGCUAUCAUGAAGAGACUGCGGCAUCCACAUAUAGUCCGAUUAUAUCAGGUGAUGGAGAGCACACACACGAUAUACCUAGUGACAGAAUACGCACCGAACGGGGAAAUAUUCGAUCACCUAGUAUCAAAAGGGCGCAUGCCGGAGCCGCAGGCAGCGCGCCUGUUCUCACAGAUGGUGUCCGCAGUGGGGUACUGCCACGCUCGAGGGGUCGUACACAGAGACCUCAAGGCCGAGAACCUUCUGCUGGACACACACAUGAACAUCAAGUUGGCAGACUUCGGGUUCAGCAACGAGUACGUGCGCGGCGCCGCGCUGGCCACGUGGUGCGGCAGCCCGCCCUACGCCGCGCCGGAGCUCUUCGAGGGCCGGAGAUACGACGGGCCCAAAGCAGAUAUAUGGUCCCUGGGCGUGGUGCUGUACGUGCUGGUGUGCGGCGCGCUGCCGUUCGACGGCGGCACGCUGCACGAGCUGCGCGCCGGCGUGCUGGCCGGCAAGUUCCGGAUACCCUACUUCAUGUCGCAAGAAUGCGAGCAGCUGAUCCGGCACAUGCUGGUGGUGGAGCCGGACAAGAGGCUGUCGCUCCGCGGCGUCGCCAAGCAUCGCUGGCUGUCCUCGCACCACGCCGGCCCCGGCCCGCCUGCGCCUAUAGGUAUGUACGCACAUGCUGCUGGUGGAGCCGGACAAGAGGCUGUCGCUCCGCGGCGUCGCCAAGCAUCGCUGGCUGUCCUCGCACCACGCCGGCCCCGGCCCGCCUGCGCCUAUAGGUAUGUACGCACAUGCUGCUGGUGGAGCCGGACAAGAGGCUGUCGCUCCGCGGCGUCGCCAAGCAUCGCUGGCUGUCCUCGCACCCACGCCGGCCCCGGCCCGCCUGCGCCUAUAGGUAUGUACGCACAUGCUGCUGGUGGAGCCGGACAAGAGGCUGUCGCUCCGCGGCGUCGCCAAGCAUCGCUGGCUGUCCUCGCACCACGCCGGCCCCGGCCCGCCUGCGCCUAUAGGUAUGUACGCACAUGCUGCUGGUGGAGCCGGACAAGAGGCUGUCGCUCCGCGGCGUCGCCAAGCAUCGCUGGCUGUCCUCGCACCACGCCGGCCCCGGCCCGCCUGCGCCUAGUAUGUACGCACAUGCUGCUGGUGGAGCCGGACAAGAGGCUGUCGCUCCGCGGCGUCGCCAAGCAUCGCUGGCUGUCCUCGCACCACGCCGGCCCCGGCCCGCCUGCGCCUAUAGAUCCAUCGACGGGGGCGUGCACGUGCCACCCGGCCGGCGUGGCGGCCACGCCCUCGCACGACACCGUGCUGUCCCACAUGCUCACCUUGCCCGGGCUCACCCCCGACCUCAUCCAGCAGUCUGUCCAAGAAGAACGAUUUGACCACAUCUCGGCCAUCUACCAUCUCCUGAUGGACAAGGUCCAGCAGCGGAGCCAGCGGAUACACAGAGACUCGCUGGAGGCGCCCGCGGGGGAGCAGGGCGGGGCGCUCGACCUCACUAAUUGUAAGAGCGGGACAGACGAGCAGAUGGAAGCCGAGGACUCGUCUCAAGAUUGCCUGGUGCUGCCUGAUGCUGUGGACUACUUGUCGGAGCGGACCGACAGCUUGGAACAGUUCGGCGAGGGGGGCGGGGCCAGCCCGGCGGCGGCGCGCGCUCUGCCCGCCGACCCGCAGCGCCGGCACACCGUGGGCCCGCAGCCGCGCCACGACCAGGUCGGUGUUGUUGUACCCACUACCACUGCAGCCCGCCGACCCGCAGCGCCGGCACACCGUGGGCCCGCAGCCGCGCCACGACCAGGUCGGUGUUGUUGUACCCACUACCACUGCAGCCCGCCGACCCGCAGCGCCGGCACACCGUGGGCCCGCAGCCGCGCCACGACCAGGUCGGUGUUGUUGUACCCACUACCACUGCAGCCCGCCGACCCGCAGCGCCGGCACACCGUGGGCCCGCAGCCGCGCCACGACCAGGUCGGUGUUGUUGUACCCACUACCACUGCAGCCCGCCGACCCGCAGCGCCGGCACACCGUGGGCCCGCAGCCGCGCCACGACCAGGUCGGUGUUGUUGUACCCACUACCACUGCAGCCCGCCGACCCGCAGCGCCGGCACACCGUGGGCCCGCAGCCGCGCCACGACCAGGUCGGUGUUGUUGUACCCACUACCACUGCAGCCCGCCGACCCGCAGCGCCGGCACACCGUGGGCCCGCAGCCGCGCCACGACCAGGUCGGUGUUGUUGUACCACUACCACUGCAGCCCGCCGACCCGCAGCGCCGGCACACCGUGGGCCCGCAGCCGCGCCACGACCAGGUCGGUGUUGUUGUACCCACUACCACUGCAGCCCGCCGACCCGCAGCGCCGGCACACCGUGGGCCCGCAGCCGCGCCACGACCAGGUCGGUGUUGUUGUACCCACUACCACUGCAGCCCGCCGACCCGCAGCGCCGGCACACCGUGGGCCCGCAGCCGCGCCACGACCAGGUCGGUGUUGUUGUACCCACUACCACUGCAGCCCGCCGACCCGCAGCGCCGGCACACCGUGGGCCCGCAGCCGCGCCACGACCAGGUCGGUGUUGUUGUACCCACUACCACUGCAGCCCGCCGACCCGCAGCGCCGGCACACCGUGGGCCCGCAGCCGCGCCACGACCAGGUCGGUGUUGUUGUACCCACUACCACUGCAGCCCGCCGACCCGCAGCGCCGGCACACCGUGGGCCCGCAGCCGCGCCACGACCAGGUCGGUGUUGUUGUACCCACUACCACUGCAGCCCGCCGACCCGCAGCGCCGGCACACCCGUGGGCCCGCAGCCGCGCCACGACCAGGUCGGUGUUGUUGUACCCACUACCACUGCAGCCCGCCGACCCGCAGCGCCGGCACACCGUGGGCCCGCAGCCGCGCCACGACCAGGUCGGUGUUGUUGUACCCACUACCACUGCAGCCCGCCGACCCGCAGCGCCGGCACACCGUGGGCCCGCAGCCGCGCCACGACCAGGUCGGUGUUGUUGUACCCACUACCACUGCAGCCCGCCGACCCGCAGCGCCGGCACACCGUGGGCCCGCAGCCGCGCCACGACCAGGUCGGUGUUGUUGUACCCACUACCACUGCAGCCCGCCGACCCGCAGCGCCGGCACACCGUGGGCCCGCAGCCGCGCCACGACCAGGUCGGUGUUGUUGUACCCACUACCACUGCAGCCCGCCGACCCGCAGCGCCGGCACACCGUGGGCCCGCAGCCGCGCCACGACCAGAUGGACGUGGGCGCGGCGCUGGGCUCGGCCGCGUCGGCCGACGGGCGGAACGCGCCGCUCUACGUCUCCGAAUUCGCUCAAAGUUCAUCUCGCGAGGCCCCGGCGGUGUCCAUGUUGCCCCACACCAACCUGGCCGCUCCCCUCCCCGCGUGGCACCACUUCAGCGUCAAAGAUCAGCAUUUAUUGAAGCCACCGAUAGCCAUGCAAAGUCAGGCGUCUACGUUCGGGCGGCGCGCGUCGGACGGCGGCGCGCACGUGCCGCGCGGGAGGGAGAGGGCCUGCUGCCACAGCGCGCCGCCGCACCACCAGGUGUCGGACAGCGGGGCGCCCGCGCCGCCAGAGGACACAGAACAAACCGAAGACAUAUGCAGGUAUAUGAUGAAUCGAGGAAGCAGUAAGCGGCACACAAUGGCGACUACGGAAGAUGCCGCCAACACGGCCGCCGGACCUAUGCCAGCUACAUCUCCCUCGUCGUCGGCCAACAUCCGCGUCAGAAGGACGGGUCUCCUGACGGUCACGGAGCGGCCUCCCGUAAUAAGUCCAGAGUUAGUAAUGGAAGUGGAGGCGCGCAUGAAAAGGAACUACCUCCCGCCGUCCAUCGGGUACCAAUACCAAUACCCAAGCGGUUACCAGAGCCCACCCUCGCAGAGCCCAACGCUGGGCUCCAUCACCGCCGGCACGCCCAACCCCAUACCAAAUAUAGAACCGGUUACAAAAACCGGUUCCAUCAUAUCUGGCACGCCCAUCACUACUCAAGCCGCAUCGCCGUACACAGGCGUAAUCUCAAACUACACAAACCAAGGCUCUAUAAUGACUGGAACGCCUAUAAAUACCGGUUUCGAAAAUUACAAUUACAAUAAUUUCAUACCGGGAUCUAUAACCAGCGGGACGCCAGUGGCGUAUCAGAAUCAAACAACAAAUACCGGUUUCCAAGUACCGGUUUCGCCCGCUCAGUACACUCAGACGCAUAAUAACAGGCAGAGGAAGUACUCGGGCCCGCAGCGUGUCAAGUUACAAUUGUUAGCGACUGUACAGGAGAAUAUGGCGCGCGAGCACGCGGAGCGCUACUCGCCCGUGCGGCGCGCCGAGUGCUCGCCGCCGCGCGCCGCGCACGACCUCGCCUCCGCGCGGCUCGAGUACCAGCAGCUGCAGCACGCGGAGCGCUACUCGCCCGUGCGGCGCGCCGAGUGCUCGCCGCCGCGCGCCGCGCACGACCUCGCCUCCGCGCGGCUCGAGUACCAGCAGCUGCAGCACGCGGAGCGCUACUCGCCCGUGCGGCGCGCCGAGUGCUCGCCGCCGCGCGCCGCGCACGACCUCGCCUCCGCGCGGCUCGAGUACCAGCAGCUGCAGCACGCGGAGCGCUACUCGCCCGUGCGGCGCGCCGAGUGCUCGCCGCCGCGCGCCGCGCACGACCUCGCCUCCGCGCGGCUCGAGUACCAGCAGCUGCAGCACGCGGAGCGCUACUCGCCCGUGCGGCGCGCCGAGUGCUCGCCGCCGCGCGCCGCGCACGACCUCGCCUCCGCGCGGCUCGAGUACCAGCAGCUGCAGCACGCGGAGCGCUACUCGCCCGUGCGGCGCGCCGAGUGCUCGCCGCCGCGCGCCGCGCACGACCUCGCCUCCGCGCGGCUCGAGUACCAGCAGCUGCAGCACGCGGAGCGCUACUCGCCCGUGCGGCGCGCCGAGUGCUCGCCGCCGCGCGCCGCGCACGACCUCGCCUCCGCGCGGCUCGAGUACCAGCAGCUGCAGCACGCGGAGCGCUACUCGCCCGUGCGGCGCGCCGAGUGCUCGCCGCCGCGCGCCGCGCACGACCUCGCCUCCGCGCGGCUCGAGUACCAGCAGCUGCAGCACGCGGAGCGCUACUCGCCCGUGCGGCGCGCCGAGUGCUCGCCGCCGCGCGCCGCGCACGACCUCGCCUCCGCGCGGCUCGAGUACCAGCAGCUGCAGCACGCGGAGCGCUACUCGCCCGUGCGGCGCGCCGAGUGCUCGCCGCCGCGCGCCGCGCACGACCUCGCCUCCGCGCGUGGACAGUGUAUGUGUGUGUGUAGCGCGCGAGCACGCGGAGCGCUACUCGCCCGUGCGGCGCGCCGAGUGCUCGCCGCCGCGCGCCGCGCACGACCUCGCCUCCGCGCGGCUCGAGUACCAGCAGCUGCAGGUAACAUAGUGGACAGUGUAUGUGUGUGUGUAGCGCGCGAGCACGCGGAGCGCUACUCGCCCGUGCGGCGCGCCGAGUGCUCGCCGCCGCGCGCCGCGCACGACCUCGCCUCCGCGCGGCUCGAGUACCAGCAGCUGCAGCGCGGGCUGGAGCGGCGCGGCGCGGGCGCGGGCGCGUCGCCGCCGCUCGACGUGCGCCUGCACACGCCCGCCGCCUCCAUGCCCAACUCGCCGAUCCACGGCGCCUCCCCGCCGGCGCUGGAGCCGCCCGCGCUGCCCGAGCCCGAGCUGCCGCACAUACUGCUCACUCAGGAUUUAGCAUUAAAGUUGGGCCUAAAAUACGGCGGGGAGUUCGCAACGCCGCCCGCGCCGCCCGGCUCCCCGCUGCGCCAGAUCACCGAGGGGCUCAGCUACCUGCACACCGGCUCCAUCACUAGAGGGACCCCUCAAGCGAACGCGACGCCCCUGGACCUGCGGCAGUCCGCCGACAUGGACACCGGCCAGUACAUGCAGCCCGGCCUGCACCCGCUGCACCACGUGCACAGGUCCCUGAACAACAGCCCGAUCUCAAACCCCAGCUCGCCGCUCGACAUGAUCCAAGAGGAGAUCAACAACGGCUGCUCCCAGCUCAGCUUCACCCAGGUACCUACACAUGAAAUGAACCGCAACCUCCAGCAACAGUUCCAGCACUACGUCUCCACGCAUCCUCAGAUAAGUCUCACCGAUUGUCUAGGCUCCGAAAUCACCCUCGUCGCUUCAUCAUCAGAAGACAGCAUGGACAGCUUAGAGAACAUCAAAUACCCCUUACCACAGUUCGUCAUAUCAGAACCUUCCGACCUAGAACCUUCCAUAACUAAAGGCAUCGGCAGGAAAGUCAGUCAGGAAACUGAGGCCGUUGAAGAAAAGGACACGGAAAUGCAGAGCCCAAAAGAAGAGGAUAAGAGUAGGAGAAACAGUGAGAAAAGUUUAGGUUUCAGCGAUGAUUCUUUAAGCAAUGACUCUGCCAAUGCGUCGCCAAAUUGCGAGCAAAAUAUACAGUCAAUUUACUCAAAUAUAGUCUCUAUUAGCUCAGGAUUUAGUGAGAAUCGCGGAAGCUUUUCAGAACAUAGGGAAUCUUUCUCGUUCUCAGAUAGAGGUAGUUUUUCAGAGCGCGGCGAUUUUGGACGAUCAUCCUUUUCAGAAAGAAGCGACUUUGGACGAGGCAGCUUUUCAGAAAAAGGGGAAACUCCCAGAUCGUCGUUUUCAAAUCAGGGUAUUUUAGGCGACGUACAGGAGGAGUACCUCCCUAGAGAUAGAUUAGAAAAAUGUGACGAAGGUGAAGAGAUAGAAAAACUACAGAAAUCAACUAUGGACUUAAGGUUAACGGAUAUAUGCCGGCCGGAUGAGAAGAUACCUAUAUUAUUAAGUCCUCAGAAGGUCUCAUGUAUACAGGAAUCUUAUGAAGUAAUGUUAUCGACAGUAUGUUCCAAGUUAGAUUCACAAAGGAUAGUAGAGUUGCUAAAAGACGCGAUAAACUCCAGAGUACCGCCGCAGAACAUAUUCGUAGAAACACAAGAAAGCCAUGAUGAUACUCUGACGGGUCUGAACCUGGAGUACUCUGGCGGUAUUCAGAUAGAGCUGGUGCUGUGUGAGAAUAAGGCCAUGGAGAAGAAGGGGCUGAAGAUGAGGAGGAUUUCGGGUGAUCAGAGGGAGUAUGGGAAGCUGUGCCAGCAGCUCAUCACCAGUCUCACGGUCUGAACAUCAAAGCUUUGAUUUAAGGGGCUCCCUGUUGCUAGUGACCUUCGAUCUGAAUCCCUAAGUUUUCUAAUGUUUUUUGUAGCUUAUCAUAUUAACAUAACGGCUUUAAGCAAUAUAAUACCCCAUAUUUACUUCAAAGUUCACUGUAUUCGAGAUAUUUUGCAUCAAAGUAGAACAAGUUUAAAAUUAAAAUCUCAGACCAAUUUUUAGAGACGUCGAAGACGAACCCAAAUAUGUAGAUUUCGUAUAUAUAAGAUCCUUCACAGCAACCGAGUUAUGAAAAAAGUGUUUUUUUAGACAAUGUUUAAAAAAAUCAUAAAAAAAUAAGUAUUCAUUUCUUUCAAAAUCCGGCAGACAAGAAUGAAGAUAUAAGAUUGAAGAACCGACAGCCGUUUGUCUUAUAAUUAUAUCUGUAAUACAAAUUUAGGAGUAACGAUUCAAAACUUGUCAAAAAUCGAUGAAAACCGCGGGGAGCCCCUUAAAUUGCAACAUAUGUAUGUAUGUUAAGGUCAAGUCUAGCAAGCUAAAUUAGAGACCCACUUCUCAGUUCGAUUGAGCCGAACCUUCACAUACAUAUGUUGGGAGACAAUACAGUGUAACGGUACCAUCGAGCUGAUCUGAUGAGGACACACUUACCCCACUAGUCUUGAGGUGUAUGAGCGACGGCCGCUCGAAUGGGAAUCCACAUUAACUUAGGACUCCAAAUUCCUAAACUUUAGAUAUUUCCUAUAUUUUGCAUUCCAAGUGAAUCUGAUUCCUACAUUGCGAAUAAUUUGAUAUCUAUUAAAGUUUUUACGCAAAUCA